GAGUCUUCUCACAACACUACUAGCACACGAAAUUCACUCAUUUCCGCACAGCCUUCCUCUAUCACCAACACAGUAGUAUUUCACCGCUUUCCACACUUCACGCGGCAAACAAUUAUGGAGAGAAUGUUCGAAGAAGAUGAGAUUGAGCUCUGCAGUGAAGGUUUUCAAGAAGAACGAUAGUGAUGAUACAGUUCUGGACGUUGUUGUUGAUGAGGUCUAUGAGAAUGAAGCAGACGAUGCUAAAGAUGAUCGCGCAGGGACAAAUCCAAUUUCAAAAAUUUUUGCCGUACAACGUCACUACGAGCCGCUCUUGGUUGGGCCAGAGCGACACUUUGAGAGCAGAAAAUUGCAAUUCGAGACUAGGAUCGUGCCAGGUAACAGACAAUCCCAAGGCGAAGCGAUCAUCGAUAUCAUACGACUCGCUACGCGCAAACUUCAUCCAGAUUGCCAAAUUGAGUACAUACCAUUUAAGUAUCUUCGGCUACAUAAGCCUUCGACGAUGCUUACGGAGGCGGAAUAUAGGGCGUUGAAUGCUUUUGCACGCCUUUGGAAUAGCUAUUGA